GCUCGAUAGCAACAGCCAUGACAAUCGCAAUCGGUGCCCCCCCUCCGGCUCUGCUGAGUGCUGAAGAGCUUGAGAAUCGAGAGAGGGAAGCAGUCGAUGCCUAUUGCCGGAAGCAUGACAUCAAGGGCCUUGUGGAAGACCUGGUGAGUCGAUAUUUGUUGGACCGACCCAAGGACAUGAGCCCGCAUGAGUACUUUGCGCAGCAGUUAAGGCUGGAAAUGCUCGCGGGAGACGAGGCCCAUCUGGUCGAGGCCGCCGCUAAGGUGCCUGGCUAUGCUUUGCGGCAACUUUUUGAGGCGACCAAGAGGAUUACAUCUGAGAUUGUUCCAAAGGAGACUAUUCGAGUGAUCAUCGAGGAAAGUCUCAAGGUCUUGAACUGCGACCGCAUUUCCCUCUUUAUCUACGACAAGCGGAUCGAGAUGUUGGUCUUGAACGCCUCGAACCUGGAACAUCCGAUUCGUGUGAGGCCUGGGCAGGGCAUUGCUGGCAAGGUCUUCAACUCGAAGCAGACUGUGAAUAUCGCAGACUGCUACAAAGAUGCCAGAUUCGACCAAUCCUUCGACAAAGAGACAGGGUAUGUGACUCGGCAUUUGUUGGCUUUCCCCAUCGUUGACAUCGGGGGCAACUGCUUGGGUGUGAUCCAAGCCAUCAACAAAAACGCUGGAGGUCAGGGUUUUGGACCUGCGGACGAGAUUUUGUUGAGCAAUUUGGCGGAGCACGUGUCCGUGGCAGUGCACAAUGCAGAGUUCUAUCGUGCAGCCAUCGUCACCAGCGAACGGGCCAAUGCCUUGCUGCAGAUGAUGCAAUCCUUGACGCAUGAUCUUGGUGCUCAAUCGCUGGUCCUCUCCGUUGCGACUCAUGCUUCAACACUGGUGCGAGCAGACCGGUGCAGCGUGUUUCUGGUGGAUGAGAGGGCUGACGAGCUGAUCUCCAUCGCCAACGAUUCCGGGGUGGAAAUCAGGAUUCCGAAAUCUCAAGGAAUUGCCGGAGAAUGUGCAAGUGAGAACAAAUUGAUCGUAAUCGACGAUGCGUACGAAGACGCCAGAUUCAACCCUGAAUAUGAUGAAAAGACAGGCUAUCGAACGCACAGCAUCAUCGCUGUGCCGGUGCGAAAGCCACCGACGAAGGACAAGGCGUGUGCAGUGAUUCAGAUGAUCAACAAACAGGAAUUUGAUGAUGAGAUUGGGCGAUUCGAUGAUGAGGACGUGCAGAUCCUCGAGACCUAUGCCAUGUUUGUGGCUACCCAACUGGCGCAGUCCGCCCUGUUGAAACCUGCAAACUCAAAGGAGGCGCCGAAUUUCAACGCAAGGCAGGGUAUCCGUGAGGAGGAGGAGUGACCAACUCUCAACUGGGUCUGAUGGAGGAUGGAAAGCCGGAUGAAGAUCAAAAUUCUGAUUUGUAUUGAAGAUGGAUGAUCG